GAGACCCGCGGCAGGCCCUGCACCAUGGACUUCAUCCUGCAGCUGCUGUUCAGCCCGCUGCCCACGCCGGCCAUCGUCUCCCUGCUGGCUCUGGCUGCGGCGACCCUGUUUUACCUCAACUCUCGGCCCAGUCCGGUCCGGAGCCCCACCGACCUCAACUGCCAAACUCUGGGCAUCAAGGAUGGUGCCAGGAAGACCGCUCUGAUGCAGGACAACAACAACCUGAUUUCGUACGCCUACGAAGAGGCCAAGACGCUCUACGAGGUCUUUCAGAGGGGCGUGAGGGUUUCAGGUAACGGACCUUGUCUGGGCCACAGGAAACCAGGAAAACCGUACCAGUGGCUCAAGUACCGACAGGUGUCGGACCGGGCCGAGCAUCUGGGAUCAGCGCUCCUCCACCGGGGCCUGAAGCCAAACUCGGACUCUUUCAUCGGCAUCUUUGCUCAGAACCGACCUGAGUGGAUCAUCAGCGAGCUGGCGUGCUACACCUUCUCCAUGGUGGCGGUUCCUCUGUACGACACUCUGGGUCCGGACGCGCUCGUCUUCAUUAUCGACCGAGCCGACAUCUCCACGGUGAUUUGCGACAACCAGAACAAAGCGGAGACGCUGCUGCAGAACCGGGAGAACGGCCAAACGCCGGUCCUCAAAACCAUCGUCAUCAUGGACGCCUUCGGCUCCGAGCUGGUCGACCGAGGGGCCAAGUGUGGCGUCGACAUCGUGUCCAUGCAGGACAUGGAGGCUCUGGGGAAAAGCAACCUGCACAAGCCUGUUCCACCAAAACCAGAAGACAUCAGCAUCAUCUGCUUCACCAGCGGGACCACAGGAAACCCCAAAGGAGCCAUAUUGACGCACGAGAACGUCGUCUCCAAUGCUGCCGGCGUCCUCAAAUGCAUUGAGGCGUCCCUCGUCCCAAACACCCAGGACGUCAGCAUCUCCUUCCUGCCUUUGGCGCACGUGUUUGAGAGAGUCGUGCAGACGGUGGUGUACGGAUGUGGAGCCAGGGUGGGGUUCUUCCAGGGCGACAUCCGGCUGCUGCCGGACGACAUGAAGACCCUUCAGCCCACCAUCUUCCCGGUCGUUCCUCGACUCCUCAACCGGGUCUACGACAGAGUUCAGAGCGGCGCCGCGACGCCUUUCAAGAAAUGGCUGCUGAACUUUGCAGUGGAGAGAAAGUACGCAGAGGUGAAGGACGGCAUCAUCAGGAAGAACAGCAUCUGGGACAAACUCAUCUUCCACAAAGUCCAGGAGUCUGUGGGAGGUCGCGUUCGGAUGAUGGUGACGGGAGCAGCACCGGUAUCUCCGUCUGUUCUCAACUUCCUCAGAGCCGCUCUGGGUUGCCAGAUCUUCGAGGCGUACGGUCAGACAGAGUGUACCGCCGGCUGCACCUUCACGAUGCCUGGAGACGCCACCUCAGGUCACGUCGGGGUGCCUCUGCCGUGCAACUUUGUCAAGCUGGUGGACGUUGAAGAAAUGAACUACUUUGCUUCAAACGGCGAAGGAGAGGUCUGCAUUAAAGGCAGAAACGUGUUCAAAGGAUACCUGAAGGACUCCGAGAAAACCGCCGAGGCUCUGGACGGAGACGGUUGGCUUCACACCGGAGACAUCGGGAAGUGGCUUCCGAGCGGAGUUCUGAAGAUCAUCGACCGUAAGAAGAACAUCUUCAAGCUGGCUCAGGGGGAGUACAUCGCUCCGGAGAAGAUCGAGAACGUCUACGUACGCAGCGGACCGGUGGCCCAGGUGUUCGUCCACGGAGACAGUCUGCAGUCCUGCCUGGUUGGCGUCGUGGUUCCCGACCCCGAAGUCCUGCCGGGUUUCGCCAAAGACCUCGGCUGCCACGGCUCCAUCGAAGAACUCUGCAAGAAAACAGAAGUUAAGAAGGCCAUUCUUACAGAAAUAACCAAACUGGGAAGGGAAGCUGGACUCAAGUCCUUCGAGCAGGUGAAGGACGUCUACCUCCACCCGGACAUGUUCUCCAUCGAGAACGGCCUGUUGACUCCGACGCUGAAGGCCAAGAGAGCCGAACUCAAAGCUCUGUUCCAGCCGCAGAUCGACAAGCUUUACGCCAGCAUCCAGUAA